CGCGGAACUAGCCGAGAGGCAUCGAAAUAAUUUACACCACACCUUGUCUCUUCACGACAAUCGCCCCAAUCCGCUUCAAAACUAAUCCAACAUGAGAGGCCUAAACCUCAAACCCUCCCGCGUCUACCAGACCGCGACCCUCCUCCUCGAAUCCCACAGCAUCAACCAACCACCCCCAUGGUAUAGCAUCAUCGGCAGCAUCCCGCCCUCCGAAAUCCUCACUCGCACCCAACCCGUCCAGCACCGCCCUUCCCCCAAGAGCCGCGUCCGCAAACCGAGCAAGAUGUUCAAGCCGCAGCUGAUCGAGUACGAGGAGGACCGCCUCAGGCGGAAUUUCUACAAGGACCAUCCGUGGGAGCUGGCGAGGCCGCGGAUCGUGCUCGAGAAUGAUGGGAGGGAUGGGCAGAGGUGCGAUUGGAGCUCUAUACGGCAGCCGGGGAGGGCGUUGAAUGGAGAGAGUGUGGUGCAAAGACAGCUGUGGCUCCUGAACAAUGUGCCUGAUAUGGGCAUCAACCAAGCCUACGAUAUAGCAAGGAAGGAAUUCUACGCUCUCCGGCACGAAGAGGAGGUUGAGCGGAGGGUAGCGAGAGAAGAGGCGUUGUGGACGGGGGCGUACUUUAAUAAGGGCGUGUUGGAGAUUGGGAUGGAGUUGGAGGAUAAGACGUAUGAGUCUUGGAAGACGUGGGCGAAGAAGGAGGUGGAGACUAUUGAUCGACAGAGAGAUGCUGCUUAUACGGGGGUUGGGACUGAGGAUGAGAUUGAUACUGAUCCUGUUCCUGUGGUUGCUCCGUUGUUAUGAGAUGAGAAUAGGUAGAUGGCUUGUAAAAUAUUGUAAAUAUGGACAUGAUUCGACUUUGGCCCAAUCAAUGUUGCAACCUUCAGUCCGUCAUGUUAUACACACA